AUGCUCGACCUUUCCGACUUUGUCACCGAGCGCGGUGGUGAUAUCAAGAAGAUCAAGGAGAGCCAGCAGAAACGUUUUGCUCCCGAGGAAACUGUUGAUGAAGUGAUUGCACUCUACGAGGAAGCCCGCCGGGCGCGUUAUGAAGUGACACAGAUCGGAUCCCAGCUCAAUGCGCUCCAGAAGGAGAUUGGAAUGAAGAAGAAGAACAAGGAAGACGCAAAUGAACUGUUCGGACAAAAGGCCGAGCUGGAGAAGCGCAAGAAGCAGGCAGAGGAAGCUGCAGUUGACAAGGAAGUGCAACGAGACCGAAAGAUCCGCACCAUUGGAAACUAUGUUCAUGAAUCAGUGCCCGUGAGCAACGAUGAGGAAGAUAACCAGGUGAUCAGGACAUGGGCUCCAGAGAAUGCCCAAAUGGACAGGCCAGGUUGCCUUUCCCACCACGAAGUCCUCACCCGUCUUGAUGGAUAUGACCCUGAACGUGGUGUGAAGAUUGUUGGCCACCGUGGGUACUGCUUGACUGGCUACGGUCUUUUCCUCAACCUGGCUCUGAUCAACUACGGCCUGGAGUUCCUCUUCAACAAGGGCUACAAGCCCAACCAGCCCCCGCAAUUCAUGCUUCGCGAUCUCAUGGCGAAGACUGCCCAACUGGAGCAAUUCGACGAGGAGCUGUACAAGGUCACCGAGAGCGAGGACAAAACCACCGACAAGUACCUCAUUGCCACUUCUGAACAGCCUUUAUCUGCUCUGCAUGAUAGCGAGUGGUUGCAAGACAAGGACCUUCCUAUCAAGUAUGCCGGUUACAGUACAUGCUACCGCAAAGAGGCAGGAUCCCACGGCAAGGAUGCUUGGGGUAUCUUCCGUGUCCACCAGUUUGAAAAGAUCGAGCAAUUUGUUCUCACAAAGCCAGAGGAUUCUUGGCAAGCCUUUGAGGACAUGAUGAGCACCUCCGAGGAAUUUUACCAAUCCUUGGGACUUCCAUACAACAUUGUUGCCAUUGUCUCUGGUGCCUUGAACAACGCAGCCGCCAAGAAGUACGACUUAGAGGCCUGGUUCCCCUUCCAAAAGGAGUACAAGGAGCUUGUCUCUUGCUCCAACUGUACUGACUACCAGUCCCGAGCCUUGGAGAUCCGUUACGGUACCAAGAAGGCCACUGAUUUGAAGAAGACCUAUGUCCACGCGCUUAACGCUACUCUGUGUGCAACCGAGCGAACCCUCUGCUGUGUGCUGGAGAACUACCAAAGAGAAGAUGGCAUUGUGGUCCCAGAGCCCCUCCGGAAGUACAUUCCCGGUGCACCGGAAUUCCUUCCUUAUACCAAGGAUCUCCCCAAGGAUAGCACCUCCACAAAGACCAAGAGCAAGUCCAAGGGCACCGAUGAUGCCACCAAAAAGAUGCAAGGCCUCCAGGUGUAG